AUGCCUGGUCUCCUUACUCGCAAGACGCGGACUCCGCGCGGCAAGCUGGCCUCGUCCAGCGCUGCUACCUCCGACAUCACCAAUUUCACGAAGCUCUCCAAGCAGAAACCGAGCGGGAAGGACGCGCCUGUGAAGGCUCAGUCUAUCCAGGAUAUUCCCACCACCAAUAUCGAAGUCGUCCUCCAGCCGCUGAAGAGGAAGGCCGAGGACGCUGUCCAGUCGACUCCUAAGAAACUCCGUCAGGAGCCCGCUACUCCUGUGUCGGGAAGGAAAAAGACCGUCAAGUUCGCCGACAAGGCAACUCCCGUCCGCGCACCUAAGCUCGCGUCUUUGACACCCUCAUCCAGCCGGAAACGUCGUAGUGAGGAUGAAGAGACAACUGAUACCGAGGCUCUGCUCGAGCGUCUGCAACUCCAGUCACCCGUCAGGAAGAGGACCAAGAACGCCGACACUAAGACCAACCUUCACAAUGACUUUGAUCUGCCGCAGGAGCUCAUCGACCUGCUCGAUCUGCACGUCGCAUUCCUCAAGACACUCAGCAUGCAAUGCGUGCACCAGGGCAUGGACUCGCCCAUCGACCUGCGCACUAUCUAUCCGAGCGUCACACGCACAUGGGGUAAGCGCCAGGUGACGCUGGAGGACAUCCAGCGGCUAGUUGGUGUGCUCGGUUGGACUCAGACCAAGACCAGCAGCACGCAGCACCGGACGCCCUACUUCCUGGCCGACUUUGGUCGCGGCAAGAUCUGCAUCGAGUUCCACGCCGACGCCGAGCGCGGCCCGCUUCGUGAGCACAAGCUCAACAUGGAUUUUGAGGCCAACUUGCGCGCUCUGUGGCAGAACCGGCGUGACCAGCCCGUCACCCUCUUCCUGGGCACCCUCCCGAAGGCGAGUAUCAAAGCUUGCGCUGCGCAUAUUGCGUCUACCAAGACUCAAACCACCCUGGAUGCCUUCAAGGCUAGCAUCGCUGCCAAGAGAGCCGAGCAAGAGAAGGAGAAGAAGGCCACCAACGUCCUGCCAACUCCGGCUCCUUCUCCUGCCCCAAGCCAGCCUGAUACUCCUGUUCAGCAGCAGCCUAAACAACAACCUCAAUUUCCGGAGCAGAAGCUCUCCCUCCUCGACCGCAUCCGCGCCAAGUCCCUCGCUGCCUCUCAACAGGCCGAGCCCACGCCCGCCGAGCUCCAACGGCGCGUGGCCCUCCGCCGCGCUGCAGACGUUGCCGCUGUUAUCGGCAUGCUGAGCAAGGCUUCUACCUCGGCGGGUCAGGCCCGUGUCUCUUUUACGAUGGCGCAUGUGCAGGCACGUCUGCGCGACUCUCUGCGGGCAAGCCCGAUGUCAGUUGAUGAUGCGGCUGCGUCUGUGAGAUUGCUGGCUACUGAGGUUGCUCCGCAGUGGCUGCGGAUUGUUACCCUGGGCGGUCGGGAGAAUGUCGUGAUCUCUGUGGCGAUGCAGCCCACGAAAGGGCAGGUGGAGGAGAGGGCUAGGCAGCUGUUGGGGGAGUGA